UGGCCGAGGUUGGAGUAGCCAGGAGGAAGGCAUGGCCUGCCGUUGAGAAAUGCUUGAUGAAGUUUUCGAUUAUCAUGGAUUUAUCCGUGGUGACCGUGUUACCUAGCCUCAGUGCAGUGGGCAGCUGGGAGGAGGUGAUCUUGUUCUCUAUGGACUUGUCCCAAAACCUUUUGGCGUUAGAGUUACAGGUUGUACAUUUCUGUUAGGAAAGCAAAGGCAAGCUUUUUUAAACUUCCCUGAACAGUUGCAUAUCGCGGGGACUAUUCAAUGCGAUUGCAGUCCGCCACAGGAUGUUUUUGUGCUUGUCAAGGGCAGUCAGGUCUGGAGUGAACCAAGGGCUAUAUCUGUUCUUAGUUCUGCAAUUUUUGAACGGGGCAUGCUUAUUUAAGAUGGUGAGGAAAUUACUUUUAAAGAACGACCAGGCAUCCUCGACUGACAGGAUGAGGUCAAUGUCCUUCCAAGAUACCUGGGCCAGGUCGAUUAGAAAGCCCUUCUCGCAGAAGUAUUUUGGGGAGCAUGUGACCGUAAUGAGGGGUGGCCGUUUGACCGCGGAUGCAGGCAAUGAGGCAGUGAACGCUGAGAUCCUGAUUGAAAACAGCAGAUGUGUAUUUGGAGGGCAAGUUGGUCAGGAUAAUAUCUGAGGGUGCCCGUGUUUACGGAUUUAGGGUUGUACCUGGUGGUUUCCUUGAUAAUUUGUGAGAUUGAGGGCAUCUAGCUUAGAUUGCAGGACUGCUGGGGUGUUAAGCAUAUCCCAGUUUAGGUCACCUAACAGAAUGAACUCUGAAGAUAGAUGGGGAGCAAUCAAUUCACAUAUGGUGUCCAGGGCACCGCUGGGAGCUGAGGGGGUCUAUAACAUGCGGCAACAGUGAGAGACUAAUUUCUGGAGAGAUUCAUUUUAUUAAAUUAGAAGCUCGACCUGUUUGGGCAUAGACCUGGAAAGUAUGACAGAACUUUGCAAGCUAUCUCUGCAGUAGAUUGCAACUCCUCCCCCUUUGGCAGUUCUAUCUUGAUGGAAAAUGUUGUAGUUGGGUAUGGAAGUCCCAGAAUUUGAUGGCCUUCUUAAAUCAGGAUUCAGACACGGCUAGGACAUCGGGUUGGCGGAGUGUGCUAAAGCAAAGAGUAAAACAAACCUAGGGAGGAGGCUUUUGAUGUUAACAUGCAUGAAACCAAGGCUUUUUUGAAAUACAGAAGUCAAAAAAUGAGAGUGCCUGGGGACACGCAGGGCCUGGGUUAGCCUCCACAUCACCAGAGGAACAGAGGAGUCGUCGGAUGAGGGUACGGCUAAAGGCUUGCAAAACUGGUCGUCUGGUGCGUUGGGGUCAGAGAAUAAAGGAGCAGAUUUCUGGAUGUGGUAGUAUAGAUUCAGGGCAUAAUGUGCAGACAAGUAUGGUGGGGUGCGGGUACAGUGGAGGUAAGCCGAGGCACUGAGCAAUAGAUGAAACAGGGAAGCCGCUAGGUAGUUACUACGCUAGCACGCGGGAGACACAGCGUUUAAAGUUAGCAGUCAGGGGUAAGGAGAAGCGUCUGCUCCGUCGUCCAGCAAAGGCCGGUUGAAGGCACAGUUGAUGUAAUUACGUCUGCGGACCAGUCGUGGUGGUACGGCGGGGCGCUGUGUCGACUAAGGGACCGGCCAGAUGGCGAAAGAGGUACUGUAGUUGUGGGAAUUUCGUUGUGGGAAUAGCUGCUGGCUACUUUUUGAUGAAAGUUUUGGCUAUAGGGUCUAAGAGAAAAUUGCGUAUUCGUGUCACAAUGAGUGAGGCGGAUUACUGGAAGGUAUAUAAAAUACAAAAAGUAAACGAGAGGACAACAAACCACGUCUGCACUGCUACGCCAUCUUGGUGUCUAGUUUGAGACACCAAUGCCUCAAGUCCUCAACUGGCAGCUUCAUUAAAUAGUACCUGCAAAACACCCGUCUCAACGUCAACUGUGAAGCGGCGACUCAGAUGCUAGUUUUCUAGGCAGAAAAGGUCAUGUAUGCAAACAAUAGGCCAUAAUUGAUUUUUGGCCCAAUAGGCCUGGCAUAUUCCCACUUUCAAAGAUCUUUUCUGUUUUGAUUGGGUAAUUUAGCCUAAAAACCUUUUUAGGGCUACCUAUAGAACAAUAACUUGCCUGGCAAGAGUGGCCAAAAGGGUGUUUAGUGUCCCCAGUGGCUCUGCAAGUGUGGAGAGUCUUUUCUCCCCAGCUGGCUGGCUCUCCAGUCACCAUCGCGUGAGCCUGAAGCCCCACUCUGGCCAAACUCAUGUUUCUAAAAACAAAACUUUUUUUUAGUUUGACUUAAAAGGAAAUACAAAUUAGUCACAGCCUAUGUGCUGUUUAUAGACUAAUGAUUUAAUUCAACAAAAUGUUUAAAUGCUGAGCACUUUGUCCCUACCAGCCUAUUAUGUCACACUCAAAUGCUUCACAAUUUAUUCCUUUGUAGGCUAUAGCCUUGAAAUAAUGAAAAUAUAGCCUAAAUUAAUUUUCGUUCCUUGGGUUCCCUGUCUGGCUCCUGACAUAUUUAGUAUUUUCUGUUUAAUGACAUGUAUCCUAUUUGAAAUGAGUUCUUCUUACAUUCACCUUUUCAUGUUUAUUAAAAUACUUUUCAUUAAUCAUAUGGUUUGGGUUCUAUACUUCAAAACCAAAUUGGUAGGUCCAAGUAGUUAAAAAAUAAAUUGGUGUUGGUUCAAUUGUGAUUUUAAUGAAUGGAGCGAAUUUGGGGCAGCAGUUUUCCUGUGAGCGAGAGUUGGAAAGGUGGAGCGCCUGAGCGGUGUGCAAGCAACGCUCCUUGAGUGAUGAGCGGGAUGUCAGACCGCUCAACUCCGCUCACAUACUCUGGUCUCAUGCAAAUUUUAGAUUACUGGCAUGACAGACCUAGGCCCUUGGUGUAACUGGCCUGGCUGUGAGUCUAUUUUGACAGCUGCAGGUAAUGGGAGUGUUGUAGCUUGGUUUGCAUUUCCUGGUGUAGAUAUCAUAGCCCUAAGACUUGCUCAGUUCUUUCUCUUUUCUGCCUGCUGCAGAAUCAAAGUCUGGGACCUUAUUCAGGGUGAAGUGGUCAGCACAUAUAAUGCUCACUCGAAGCCAGUCACUUGUGUGUCCUGCAAUCCGUCCGAUGACUCCCUCUUCCUCUCAUGUGGCCAGGAUGGUCGCUUGUUGCUUUGGGACAGGAGGAAACCCACCAAACCAGCCUCUAGAUUAGACGUAGAGCCCAGCUGUUGUCCUACAUCAGUAGCCUGGCAUCCCCACCACAGGACCACAAUCGCCUACGGUGACGAGCUGGGACGAGUGACACUGAAGGACUUUCAGGGAACAGAGCCUGGCCAGACACAGAGCACCCACAGCCGCAGGGUCUCCGGCCUAGCCUUCUCAUCACACAGUGCCCCCUUGCUUGCCUCAAUCAGUGAUGACUGCACUGUUGCUGUGAUGAACUCUGCGCUUAAGGAAACGUUGAGAGACAAGAGGCACCAGGACUUUGUUCGGGGUGUCUGCUGGGCCCCUGGCGGUUCUGACACACUGACCACUGUGGGCUGGGACCACCAGGUCCUCCACCACAUCAUGGGACAGGAUGGACCCACCACUGGAUACUCCACGUCCCCACUGUAGACCCACCACCCAGCCUGGGUCAGGAGAUGGGGGGGGGGGGAGUUGGAAAAGUAUGGUUUUGUGGGGGAGAAUUUGAAGGGUUUGCAUGAGGGUAGAAAUUGUCAACACCGGAACAGAGCAGAGCAGUAUGUAAGGUUUUCCUAGUCUAAGUACCCCUUGCCAUGGUGGGUUAUCUUUUCAACUGAUUUGUUAAAUCAUGUGUGAAGGUAGUCAGUGAUAAACAAAGUAAAUUGGGAUGUUUUUCCGCAACAACUGAGUAAUUUGAGAGGCUACACAUUUCUGCUGUUUUGGCCCAGCACUGAUCAAGUUGUAGCUGCGUGAAGCGCACAUGUGCCUACAUUUUUGGGGAGUGCAGUCUUGCAUUGCAUAUUUUCUGUUCAUGGCAAUGUCAUAUGCUGAGUCUGUUUUAAGGUAUAUGUUAACCACGUUUUGGACAUCACCUUUGUUUUGCAGUUUGUAGGGACAUGAACAGAUGGCUUGGUGUCCACUUAUCAUGAGGGGUACUUUUAGACUUAGAUUUUGGAAUGCUGGCAAUGGUAAUCUUUAAUCUAAUGAACCCAUCUGAUCACGCUUAUUCUCCAGUGAGUCCAACCCCAUGUAACCUUUGUUUACCCACCCUGGGGGUGCUGUAUUAAGUGGCAUGUAAGCCAGUCUGAGAAGUGGGAGCCACUGGCUCAUUGGAUAGCAAGAAUGUGGGUUAAUUAGACUCAAUUUAACCAUGGCUCAUCCAAGAAUUCUGAAAUCACACUAGAUUAGAAUGACAUGGUUCAAGUUGUAACCAUAAUCAAUACCAUGGGCAAUUUGUUUUCUAAAUUAAUCAUUUAUGUAAAUGUGUAAAGUCUUUAACUUCACUACAUGGCUUAUUUGUCCCAAUGUGAUUCCAUAUUCUUCCCCCCUUGGCACUUUCUUUUUGUCUCAUCGUCUCAUGUGUGCCAGAAACAGAAAGAACACUACAUGUCUGGUGUUGCUUUUUGGAAGUCCGAGCAGAGUUACUUAACUGAAUCUACUUGUUUUUCCAUCCUUGAAUAAAGUAUGUCUGAAUACUGUA